AUGGAACCACCCUCGGAGCACGGCGGGACCCCCAUCCCCACCUCCUCACCCGCGCCGUCCGAUCACGACGAGGAUCGGCCUGAUUUCUCGCCCGUCGGGUCCCCGGAGCUCGCCGGUUCCGACAUUCCGUCGCCGCCGGAUCAAUCCGAGUCCGAUGCAGUCUCCGAAGGCCUCCGUCGCAGGAUUAUUAAGCAGGUGGAAUAUUACUUCAGUGACGAAAAUUUGCCUACUGACAAGUUUUUGAUGAACUUUGUUACGAAUAAUGUGGAAGGGUUUGUUCCUAUUGGAGUUAUUGCUUCUUUUAGGAAAAUGAAGAAGCUCACAAGAGAUACAGCAUUGAUUGUGGCUGCACUAAAGGAAUCUACUUUCCUUGUUGUUAGCUCCAAUGGGAAAAAGGUGAAGCGAGUUCAUCCUCUUCCGGUAGCUGAGAUCAAGGACCCUAUGGUAUGCACAGUACUGGUGGAGAACCUGCCAACGGAUCAUUCGGUAGAGAACCUUCGCCAUGUGUUUGGUGAAGCUGGAAACAUAAAAAAUAUUACCAUUCGUGAACCAAAUGAUGUCAGAGAUCCAAAGAAGUGCACUGUUGCAGAGAAGCUGAUUAGCGGAAAGUUGCAUGCUCUUGUGGAGUACGACACGGUGGAGGCUGCAGAGAAAGCUGUGGCCACUUUGAACAAUGAACAAGAUUGGAGAUAUGGAUUGCGGGUCAAGCUACUUAAGAAAUUGAACAAGUCAAGCCAGCAGAAGAAAAAAAUAUGGAGGGAAUCAGAGCCAGAGAGGGGCAGUUCUCAAAUAUUGGAACCAGCCGGAUAUGAGGAGAAUCACCAUUCGAGUGAACAACACGAAGAUUCACACGAUGACGAGGAUGUGGAUCAUGUUGCAAAAGAGAAAAAUGGACACAAAGGUCGAAAACGAGGGCAUGGAAGGAGACAGAAAUACCAUGUUACAAAUGGACAUGGCCACGGGACUCAAUUUUCGACUCAUGGAAAAGAACCAUCAAAACCACCACCGGGACCUAGAAUGCCCGACGGGACAAGGGGAUUCGUGUUGGGCAGAGGUCGGCCCUUGGCGGAUAACUGA